CUGGCCUAUUUCCAUAUGGGAGUCGUCGGGCCGGAAAUGCAUUGGGAUAUGUCCUUAGAGAGCUAUGUACCACCGGACGGAGAUCCUAACCUGAAGGACCGUUUUGUGGCCCUAUACAAACCCUGCGAUAUAGAUACUAUCUCACAUCCAGGAUCGCUUUUGUAUGAUAAUCGGUUCCUUCGAAUGUACUGACAUAUAUACCUUACUAACAGCAUAUAAUUACGACCAGAAGACUCACUUAGCAGUUGUCCAAACGUCUAUUCACGACGAAGAACCAUUUGAGCCCGACGUCAUAUGGAUACCAUCGGAUGUUAUCCUUAGCGGUUGGAUUGAAAUGGUUAUCCAAGGCCGGGUUUGUAUCUGGGACCCGAAAUCGGCGGAAUUAGAUCCGUACGCUGAUGUACUCGGAAGCUGGGUACGCCAUCUUUACAGUCCUAUUGCACUCUCCGAUACUAUUCGAGCAUUCGAUCGUCUCGCCUCCGCCAUAGAAUCAAGGAUGGUGGACUCUACCGGUAUUAUGCAUCGCGAGCCAGCCGAACCCGGUAUAUUUAACACCGAAUUAUUACCAGAAACGACGAUAUCCGAGUUCGUCCGUAGUUUUCUACUCCAAGCUCAGAAACUGAAAGCCAAAUAUCUCGCUCCAGGAUUGCAACUAUGCACUCCCUCUGAAUACGAAAACCAACCGUUCGGAUCUGAUCGGGACGACCCCGACUACUCUAGUUUCCAGCCCUUCCUGCACCUUUUACUGACGACCCAAGCUGCGUUCCGUUCUCUAGUUUCUACUGGCCGUAUGAGAACACAAGCCACCGCGCGGGCCUAUACUAAGGACCAGAUCCACUAUGGCUGGAGCAUGCUGAACUGGUUUUACCGUAUAAGAUUGGGCUAAACAGCCGACGAGUCGUGCUUUCGUCGCCAAAAUAACCGACCAGUAG